AUGAAAUCGAGCGGUCUUCUACUGGUUGUGUGGCUUGGAUUGACAACUAAUACAGUUGCUGUUGACGUUGCCCGAGCGAUUCUGCAUCCACGAACAUUCGAGGAUUCACUAUGUAUUUAUGUGGUGGCUAUAUUUGUUGGUGGAUGGAUCACCUUGUUAACCUUCGUUUUUUCUUAUUGGUUGUACUUCCGAGCUCCAGUUCCACAGUAUACGUAUCAACUCGUAACAGGAGGAUGCGUUCCGGUAACGCCUGAUAUUUACUCUGGAUCGGAAGGUGUGGAUCGUGCAGGUGUAGACGUCUCACCACGCGAUCAUCGCGGCGGCGGCGAAUCAGUUGAAGUUCAUCCAAACUGUGAGCCGUUCGUGUACGCUGAACAAGCAACGCAGCAAGUGUCUUUGGGGGAGACGCCCACGCAGGAAGAUUAUGAGAUGUAG